AUGGCAGAAGCCAUUUUCAAGCAAAUGAUUGCAUCCCUAGUCCACCAGACCCGACAGCAGUCGUUUCGACACGUGAGAGGCCUGAAGCCUUAUCAUCAAAACGCUCGUCAUGUGGCUACAAUCCCGACAGCCGACUCUCAUGAAUCCAAGCCGGAGCCUCCUCGAUGGCAUCCUCACACGGCGCGCCCUGCCCCAAAUCAACAGCCGUCCUCAGAGCAAGGUCGGCUCGAGAAACUUCGGGCGGAUCCAGAGCCGCGUCCUUUCUCCUCCUUUCUGACCGAUAACUAUGCGCGUCAACACAACUACCUGCGCAUAUCCGUUACUGAGCGUUGCAAUCUUCGGUGCCUCUACUGUAUGCCCGAGGAAGGCAUCGACUUAUCCCCACCAGAAAAGUUACUCACCACCCCCGAAAUCGUUUAUCUCUCCGAGCUCUUCGUCAACCAGGGUGUGAAUAAAAUUCGUUUGACUGGUGGCGAACCGACGGUGCGGAAAGAUAUUGUCGAUUUGAUGCGCCAGUUAGGCAAUCUGCAGAGUAAAGGUUUAAAAGAGCUAUGCAUCACUACAAAUGGUAUAUCUCUGCACCGCAAACUCGAUGCAAUGGCUGAAUCCGGGCUUACCGGUGUCAAUUUGAGCCUGGAUACUCUCGACCCAUUUCAAUUUCAGAUAAUGACAAGAAGAAACGGGCAUGACGCUGUCAUGAAAUCAAUCAAACGAAUCUUGGAGAUGAACAAACUAGGGGCCGGUAUCAAACUCAAAAUCAACUGUGUUGUGAUGCGUGGUCUCAACGAGCGCGAGAUUUUACCAUUUGUCGAGCUUGGUCGCGAACAAGAUCUCGAGGUCCGCUUUAUCGAGUAUAUGCCCUUUGAUGGAAACAAAUGGUCCGAAAACAAAAUGCUGAGUUAUGGAGAAAUGCUCGCAUUAAUUCGGCAAAAAUAUCCGGACCUUGAAAAGGUUCAAGAUCACAAAAAUGACACCAGCAAAACCUAUCGGGUUCCUGGAUUUACUGGUAGAAUGGGAUUCAUCACAAGCAUGACUCAUAACUUCUGUGGCACCUGUAAUCGACUCAGAAUCACAGGUGACGGCAAUAUAAAGGUAUGUUUGUUUGACAACGCCGAAGUCUCACUACGCGACUUACUUCGCGAGUCGAACUGCGGUAAGCCUAUUGAUCGCGAAACAAUGGACGCCAUACGACAGCUUGAACACGAUCUACCCUUACAAUCUUCAAGCAGUGGAAGUGGUCUCAAUGUCUCCGAGAAGCAAAUCCAGCUCCUCAACGUCAUCGGCAUGGCCGUGAAGAAUAAGAAAGAAAAGCACGCCGGUAUUGGCGAACUGGAAAACAUGAAGAACAGGCCCAUGAUCUUAAUCGGUGGGUAA